CACCGGCAAAUUAAACCAGCUUAGUGUAAAACAGGUAACUGUAUGUUGCAUUCUAAUUGGACAAUCUAACAACACAAAUUCAUUUGAUUGGCCUGAAAUUUAGCAUGAAAAACAAAACUGGUUUACGUGUGUCUGUUAGAAUCCUUGCGGUGGAAAACAUUGUUAAUGUGUGCAAGGCCUGUACGUAUAUAAGAACCUUGUUAAGAACCUUUUAGACUGGAAAUUAGAAUAGCAGCCUGUUAAUUAAGAACCUAUUCAGGCUGCCAGAAAAUACCUAGGUUUUUUUAUGCGGGCUUCUACUAUAUUCUGUACGCAGUUUCAAAUCUUUCUCAAAGGAAAGUAGUCUAAUUUUGUUGAAGUUACAUGCAGAUGGUUGCCAAAGUAAACAUCUUAACUGUAUUACUAAUGUAAAAGAAAUUUUGCUGCUAUCUCCAGCCAACUCGAUUUCAACGUUAAUCAUUUGACAACAGUUGCAUGUAUAUGCUAAAUGACUGGAAUUGUGAACGUGCUUCCCAAGCGUGAAAUUGACCUGUUUAGUCACGUGAUCAAAAUGAUUCCCUACUGCAAUGUAAGCAACUGGAUCAACUACAAUAUCCUUCAAAUGCUACAAGUUUUUAAAACUAUUUUAACUUUAACUGUAUACAAAAUGGCUAAGUUUUGAUAAAGAGUCUUUGAACCAUUCCGCAGAUUUUAGGCCAAUAGGACCUGAUCUUAGCAAAUCGAAUCAAUGUUUAUGUUGUUGCUGUUGCUGACUCUGAUACUCCAAGUCACAUCAAACGAUGUUUCACAAGAGUAUGAAUUCCUUGGAUGUUGGAAAGGUACAGGCAAAAUUUCAAGUGCCAGGCAAUUUGCAACAAAAAGCUCGAUAUUUGGACCACUGUUCAGAAAAUUUUCUUCCCAGCUGAGCCACGAAAAAGUCUGCCGUGAUGCUGCUUCCAAAAGAGGCCUAGAUACAUUUGUCAUAGCAAAGGAUGGUUGCAGGGGAGGUGCACACACCGGCCUGGUAUUCAGGAGAUAUGGGAAGAGUGAUCUGUGCGACAGUGCCAAUUCUAGAGCAAACCCAGGACGUGUUUUUGGCCGUGGAGGUAUGUAUGUUUACAAUGAGGAGAGAAAGAGUCCAGAACAUGCAGUGUAUGAACCAAAAUCUUCAAUUUAUAAAAAGCAGGAAAUCGCAAGAACAUUUCAGCGUGUCAAUAGAGAAAAGGUGCAUCCCGAAAUAAUCAAAAAGGAUAUUAUACUGAUGAAUAAAAUAUUUAACAGAUUUUAUGGUAAUGUGUACAAGAAUAGGGAAUCGUAUUUCAUGAAAGCGUAUCCGGACAGCGAUCACUUCAAUUCAUAUUACGGAGAUGAGGCAGAUACCUACGAGACUUCAACUAGAAGUGGUAAUGAUAAAACUCCGAAGUUUCGAAAAAAUCUUUUUGUAAAUCCUGGAUUUGAAGAUCCACUCACUCACAGUACUUGGAAUUGUCUUGGAGAGCUAAAUCAUGGAACAGGCGGGAUAAUGAGCAGAACAGCAAAACAUAAACGAACUGGGAGAUACGCAGGCGUCUGCCAUAGCAGAAAUGGUUUCUGGGCUGGUCCCGGACAGUUUGUUGGUCACGUUGUUAAGCCAGGACAUGCUUACAAAGUGCAUGGAUGGACAAAGCUGUUGAAUGCAAGUGACGAAGAUCUAUACCAUAUUGAAUUGUGGAUACGGUAUCAGGGAAACGAGGUUAAGAAUAGUACCGAAACGAGAAUAUUGCUUGCAAAAAGAGACCAAUACAAUAACAAUAAAUGGUGGCAGGAAUGGAACGGUCAAUUUUUCCUUCCAUCUCACAAAAAAGGAUUCAACUAUGUGCAGAUCUUGUUUAAAGGACCAAAACACCACGUUGACAUUGUUAUCGAUGACAUGGUCCUUGAGGAGAUGCCCCUAGAAGAAGAUUGGUUGCAAGAAGUGAAAGCAAGAACUGAAAAACUGAGAAAAAGAGAUGCUACAAUAAGAAUAAAACUCGAUUCGGAUAUAAUUCCUCCAGAGAUGAUCAGCCAGAUUAGGAUAAAGGUUACUCAGAAAAGGCACCAUUUUGGCUUUGGCUCUGCUGUGAACCAUUCCCCUUUAAAGAAAAUUCCGGAGUACCGUAGAUUCUUUGUGCAGAAUUUCGAGUGGGGUGUUCCAGAGAGUGCAAUGAAAUGGAACAUUAUGGAAGCGAAGAAGGGAGAGCACGUGCAUUCAUUGAUGGACGAUUUUGUGUCAACAUUGAAUAAAUAUAACAUCUCAAUGCGAGGACACUGUAUAUUUUGGGAUGUCGGUACAGAAACACCAAAAUGGCUGGACAAACUCAGCAAAAAAGAGUUGCGAAAAGCAUUGGAGAACCGUAUUGACGACACAGUUGGAAAGUACAAGAAAAGAAUUGCACACUGGGAUGUCAACAAUGAGAUGGUUCAUGGGGCCUACUUUGCCGAGAAAUUGGGUCCAGAGAUCCGUGAUUGGAUGUACAAGACAGUACGGGAAAAAGAUCCAAACAGCAAACUGUUUAUGAACGACUUUGAUGUUGUCGCCAAUGGCAUUUAUACCCAGAGCUAUCUUGAGCAAAUAAAGGGUUUCAGGAAAAGAGGUGUUCCUGUCCAUGGAAUAGGGGUGCAGGGGCAUUUCUUAGGAUGGAUGCACCCUUCUAUUAUCCAGGAAAGACUCGAUAUUCUAGCAAAAGCAGGCCUUCCUAUAUGGAUCACGGAACUCGACAUCCUUGAAAAAAACGAAACAAAGAGAGCCAAAGCAUUGGAACACGUCAUGAGAGUGGCGUUCAGCCAUCCCUCGGUUGCUGGAAUUAUCCUUUGGGCAUUUUGGAGCAGCGCUGCGUGGAGGGGUGCUGAUACAGCGCUCAUAGAUGACAAUUUCCGUCUUAACAAAGUUGGAAGGCGCUACAUGGACCUUAGAAAGGAAUGGACGACAAAAUUAACUUUGGCACCUUCAGUUGUCUUAAAAUCGUCUUGUGACUUCAAGUUUCGAGGCUAUCACGGUAUUUAUGAUGUCACGGUGGUAUUCCCAGAUGGGCAAGAGAUUUCAAACGAGAUAAAGCUACUACCGAAACGUCAACCACUUUUAGUGGAGAUUAACACACACGUUGAUGAUUGAGCAAAUCAAGACCGAUCGUGAACGAGUUCGGAUUCAGGCCAAAGGCUAAACGCGUAUGCUAGCCAGUUGUGGUUGCAAUUCAUUCUGGCAGUGCCCAUUCACCAUUGAUAAGAGCCAACGAGUAAGAUAUUCUAUCACUUUGCGCCUCAUUUUGUUCUAAGACCCCAUUAAUAACAUGUGUUUGAGGUUAGGAGAAAACGGUAGUCAAUCUUGUGACCUUUAAAUUGUUCAAAAUUUUUCUUGGCUAUGGAUAUCUAAAGAUGUGCUAGCAUUGGGCAUUAUAUUUUGCACGUUGUCUGCCAAAGGCAACUGGUACAUGGAAUUAUUCAAUACAAAUGAAUUGCACUUAUCGAUAAAUGCUAAACUGGUGUAUUUUACUGGUAGCUGUUGCUGAAUAGGGUGAUUGCCAUUGCUAAAUCAAUUUUUCUUCCAUUUCUUGCGCGAAAACAAUUCAAGGAGGCAAAAACAUAGUUCAAGGCACGUAGUUACUCAUCAUGGGAUUAUAAAAUGUGUGUUGAUUAAUUGAUUAGAAGAGGUAGCUCACCUUCAUCUAGUUAGCGGAGUUAGCAGAGAACAAAUAGGAAAUUCAGAACCUCCCUUGUCUCCUCCAUUUCUACACUACCUCCCUUGACUCCCCUACCCGCUCUGCUCCAUCUGCCUAUAACCCCCUUCCCCCUCUCCCGAAAUAUGACCCCAAAAGACAGAUUGAGAGAUCGUUUCGGCUGACUCGAUUUUCACUAAUCCAAUAAAGAAGCUUUUCCUUCUAUUUGAUUGUUCAAAAUUAUGGCAAUUCAA